AUGGAUAAAACUAGUAUUAGUUCUAUGGAAAAACUGUCGAAAUUUGCAAUUUCAAAUAUAACCUAAUAUCUUAAGCUAAGUUAAGCAUUUCAGGUGAGACAGGUCAGCAAAAAAUUUGAUGAGGCAGUUAAGAUUGGGAUAGAUCUAUUACAAAUUGAAUCUUAGGAUAUAGUUGAUCGGUGUAUGAAUGCAAUUGAAACUUAAUAUAACGAAAAGUAAUUAGAAGAAAUCUAAAAUAAGAAAUUAGUCAUCAGAGAUCUAAAACAAACUAUUUAAUCUAGAAUCUUGAAGGAGAUGAAAGAAGAUACUUCUUCAAUUCAAUAAUUAGGGGAUUUAAAACUUUUCAAGAAAUAUGAUAUGGAAAAACCUCUCAAAAUUAUUUUUGAACACUUAAAUACCAUCAUUUAGUCGGAUAUUAUAGAGAAUUUUAAAAAGAGAAACUUUACAGCUUUAACCUAACACGAAAACAGGAUAUUUUAUGAGGAAUUUUUGGACAGGCUAGAAUAUAAUUAUGAUCUGAAAAUUUAAUACUUAAAGAUAGGUAACUCAUCAAAGAAAAUUUGCUUGAGAUUGUAAAUGCACAUUAACAAAUUCAUUGAAAAGCAAACUGAAACCGAUCUUACUUAAUUUAAAAGGGAAAUAUAAUUUGGAAAAUUUGUAUUAGAGAUCGUUGAUAGAGUGUUUAAAAUGCUGAAUAAAAUAAUAGAAUUAAAGAGAAUAUCAAUGCUGUAUCAAAUUACAGAGAGAAGUGAUUACUAAAAAAGAAAUAUCAAGGAUAUUAAAUUGUUAAGAUGCAACUUGUAAUUAUUCCAAAGAAUCAAAAACAUAGAAGAAUCAGAUUCCCUCAAGGAAGAAGUUGAAUGA